AUGGCCCGAGUUUGGUUCGUCACUGGCUCCUCCCGUGGCGUUGGCCGUGCAUUAGUCGAGCAAAUCCUUGCUGCCGGAGACAUGGUCGUGGCAACUGCUCGCAACCCUUCACAGCUUGAUGAUCUGGCCACCAAAUACGGGCCCGACAAAAUUCUCGCUACGGCUCUUGAUGUGGCUAACGCUCAAGAAGCCAGCAGAACUGUCAAGGAGGCGGUUGAUAAGUUUGGUCGCAUCGACGUGGUCGUCAACAACGCAGGCUACGCAGAGAUGUCUUCCGUCGAAGACGCAUCCCUGGAAUCAUUCCAUUCACAAGUCAAUGUCAACUUUUUCGGUGUUGUCAACGUGACAAAGGCCGUGUUACCUAUCCUGCGACAACAAAAGUCUGGCCACAUCAUUCAGGUGUCGACGAUUGGUGACCGAGUUGGUUCGCCUGGAAUCGUCGCCUACCAAAGUGCCAAAUGGGCUGUUGCUGGGUUCUCGACUGGUCUGUCCCGAGAAGUUGCUCCUUUCGGCAUAAAAGUCACUGUUGCCGAGCCUGGUGGUAUCAAGACUGACUGGGCCGAUGCUGCCACCAGCGCUGCGGUAAUCAGCGAACCUUACCAACAGACCGUUGGUGAGAUGAUCAAAAUUAGAGAGGACAAGUCAGCUUGGUCCGAAGGUUCAGAUAUAGCAAGGGCCAUCAAGCAUCUUUCUGAGGUUGAAAAUCCACCACUGAGGAUUGUUUUGGGCCCUAGUGCGAUUCCUUAUGCUCAGAUGGCAGCCAAGGCUCUUGCUGAGUCUGACGAAAAGUGGCUACAAGUUUCCAAGCUCGAGAUUUGA